CCAACUUUCAGCCAACUUCAUGGCAGUUAAAUGGCUUUCUACAAGUACACAUUAUUGAAUUGAAUUUGUGUGACGUUUUCACAUUUCUUAACCAAAAGAAUUUUUUUCAUUUGGAUUAUUAUUCCCAAAAUAAGAGAAUGCCAGCAAUUGAAGACAUUAAAUAUUCAUGGGCCGAUGAAGUGGAGUUGGAUUCAGGCAAUCUUCCACCGCCAACAGAAAGCAAUGAAAAUGGCUUGAAGGUGCAAACUGAAUACAAGAGAAAUAAUGACGAUAAAAAGGUCAAAGUGGUACGUACGUAUAAAAUAUUGAAGCAAUUCGUUCCAAAAUCUGUGGCCAGACGAAAGGCAUUGCCAAAAUUUGGCGACUCAAAAGAGGAUAAGCCAGGUCCAAGCCCACAAACAACAAUGGUAUCAGAAGAUGUGAAUAUGCAAUUCAUCACGAACAAGGAAGAAGAAAAAUCAAAUGACGCUACCAUCGAUCCAUCUAAGAACUUCGCCAAAUGUCGUAUUUGUAAUGGUGACCAUUGGUCAGUUAAUUGCCCAUACAAAGGUACAUCAAUGGAAACCGGUAAAUUGGCCGAUGUGAAACCAACAACAUCCACCGAUACUGGUGCUAAGCCAGGCAAAUAUGUGCCACCAUACAUGAAAGAUAGCGCCAAAGCCGGUUUGGCUGGUGCACGUCGUGAUGAUUCAACAAAUAUUCGCAUUUCAAAUCUGUCCGAAUCGAUGGUUGAAGCCGACCUCGAAGAACUGGUCAAGAAAAUAGGACCAUAUCAAAAGAUUUAUUUGGCACGUGAUCGCAUCACUGGACUCUGCAAAGGAUUCGCCUAUGUCACAUUCAAACAACGCAAAGAUGCUGCUAAAGCUAUUCAACUAUUGAACGGACAUGGUUAUGAUCAUUUAAUCCUCAAUGUUGAAUGGUCCAAACCACAAACACAAAAUUAAGUUUUAUUUCUUUUUAUGAGGUUAAGGUUAUUUGUAUCUGUACUUCUAUUACAAAAUAAAACUUUUUGGCAACAACAUU